CUAAAUGAAGGGCUUAGUUACUGGUUAGGGUUUCGCACUCACUUAUUCAGUCAGUCCAGUCGCUGAAACUUUCUUUCACCUUCGUCUUUUCACGUCGUCGGCGUUCACCGUAAACCGAAAUCUUCCACUCAGUCACCGCCGAAUCCCCCCUCCUUCUCAACCGUCGAACUUGAAUCGGUUGUUCAUCCCUUUCUUUCCCAUCGUGAAAACGGAAGCUGGUGGCUGUUCAGAAUCGCCAAUCUGUUAGUGGUAAUCGGUUUGCUAUAACACAUGUGCCUUGUAUGGCUCUAACACAGUAAAACUAGCAUUUUAGUAGUCAACACAACAAUGUCUACAGUCAACAUCAUGAGCAAAUCACGGGUAUCAAAAGCCAUUCUCACCCGGCUGGGACCCGCUCAUUCAUUCUCCCGAUCUAUUUCAACAUCUCAACCAUGGAAUCAUGUUCCCCCCAGCCAAACACAGGUAUCCACUAUUAACCACAUAGAAUCUCCUCUUCCCCGGAAGCGGAAUCGGAAUCGGAGUUGGAAUCGACAAUUCUCAUCAAUGCCUGCAUCUAAUACUGUUGGUGAUAGAAUCGUCCGUGAGCUUCUAGCUCAAGUCGAGAGAGAUAAACAAAGGGAGAGAGAUCAGAGAAAAAAAGCAGGUUUGGGUACUGCUGAUAUAGAUGCUGAAGAUGAUGAAGAUUACAUGGGUGUUGGUCCACUCAUUGAGAGACUAGAGAAAGAAAAUCUCAAGCAUGUUGACCCUGGUCUUCUCAACAUGAGAGAGGAGCCCACUGAUUCUGAAAGUGAUGAAGAGGACCAUAGGUUCACUUAUGAAGCCAUUCAAAAACGCCAAGAAAUCUUACAGAAAAAAUACAAACGUCACGAUGAACUCAUUAAAAACUUUGCUCAAUCAGAUAACAUUGAUGAUAGUUUCAAAUGGAUGAAUAGAAUCGAUAAAUUUGAGGAGAAACAUUUAGCUAUCCGACCCGAGUAUUGUGUAAUUGGUGAUUUGAUGAAUCGUUUGAAAGAAGCAAGUGGGAAGGAUAAAUUUCUUCUUCAACAUAAGCUGAAUAGGGCUAUUAGAUUGGUUAAGUGGAAGGAAGCUUAUGAUCCCAACAACCCUGCAAACUAUGGAGUCAUUCAGAACAUGCAGUCACAACAUGAUGCUGAAGAUUCAGAUGCUGAAAAAGAAAAACAAUUGACGAAAGGUGCAUUGGAUGAUGAUGAUGAUGAUGAGGAAGAGUUUGAUGACAUGAAAGAGACUGAUGAUAUAUUGAUGGAGAAGUUAAAUUUUAUUGAUAGGAAGCUGGAAGAGAAGUUAGCACAGUUGGAUCAUACUUUUGGAAGACGAGGGAAAAUGUUAGAGGAGGAGAUUAGAGAUCUUGCUGAAGAGAGAAACUCAUUGACUGAAAAGAAAAGAAGACCCCUUUUUAGAAAGGGUUUUGAUGUGAAACUGAUUGAUGUUAAUCGUACGUGUAAAGUUACAAAGGGAGGUCAGUUGAUCAAGUAUACUGUAAUGCUUGCUUGCGGGAACUAUAAUGGUGUCAUUGGUUUUGCAAAGGCAAAAGGCCCAGCUGUUCCAACUGCGUGUCAAAAGGCUCACGAGAAAUGCUUUCAAAAUCUCCAUUAUGUGGAUCGCUAUGAAGACCAUACAAUUGCUCAUGCCAUUCAGACUUCUUAUAAGAAAACCAAGGUGUAUCUUUGGCCUGGGCCUACUCAAGGUGGCAUGAAGGCGGGUAGAACUGUACAAACCAUCUUGAAUCUAGCUGGUUUAAAGAAUGUCAAGUCUAAGGUUGUUGGGUCAAGAAAUCCACAUAACACGGUGAAAGCUCUUUUUAAGGGUUUGAAUGUGAUAGAAACUCCGAAAGAUGUUCAAGAGAAGUUUGGGCGGGUUGUGGUGGAGUCAUAUUUACUUUGAUGAUUGGAAGUUGUUAUGGAUGAUGUGGAUAGGCCUCAGUCAUGCAAGAAAACGUUGGCAAAAUGAAUAAGGACAUCAUCUUUUGCUUCGUGUUUAUGUUGGUUAACCAUAUAGGUUUGGAUUUGGAUUUUAUUUACUGGUGUGAUGUGCACAUCAAGAGCAAGAGUUAGUGUUGGUGGCUGCGUAACGUACAAAAUUUUGCCAUUUAUCAUAAUUUUAUAGUUUUGAAUUGUUACGUUA